AGUAUAAAGUUUAGUAAAGUAAAGACUGUAUGACUGUAACGACGUAUCAGCCAACAGUCGCGCGUAGUCCGCCGUAGGAGCAACGCUCGCACGGCGUUCUCUUAAAUAACAAGCGUUAAUUGUUUAUUUCAAUUGAUAAAUUUUCAUUAUCACGUUUUUUUUUUUAUAAAAGAUUGUUUAUUAACUUUAAGUCUUGUGAUAAUUACGUUUGUAAGCUUGCAAGAGAAAAGUUAUUGUCAAUUAAAAGUUAAAGUUUUCUCUUUACGUCAAAUAAUUUUUUAAAUUUGUGCAAUAAACCAGGACUUUAAACUUUCAAACUGUCUAAUUCAUCGAACCCUUACAAUACAGAAAUGUCACUCGAAGAAUCGAGGCGUUCACAACGACCUUAUCGGUAUGGAAUGGUUUUACUGUGCGUUGGUGCGCUUAUUAAUUGGCUAGGACUUGCUGAGAACUAUGUCGAGCCUGUUAGAUAUGUCGGGGUUGCUUGUAUUGUUGCUGGUGCACUCUUAAUAUGUGCUGCUAUGUGCUGUUGGCUUCAUGCACCACCUACGAGAACUAACGUCGGUGCACAUGGUUCUAAUCAUCAUACUACGGUCCAAAUUGACGACCCGAUUCACGUGAUAAGUGUUGAGGAACCAGCGAGUGUCGCAAGACAAAAACCACCGGAUUAUGAAGCAGUCGCUGAUGCACCGCCUAGUUAUGAUGACGCUAUUAAACUUAAUCCAGGCCAAUUAACAACUCGCGCUAGUAUCAGUGGGAUUUCCCCUAUUUUACCAGGGAUGAUUACGGUAUCCAAUAGCGGAUCUGCGACAAGUGGAAUUUCUAGUGAUCAGCCAACUGCUCCUACACCACCACCUGCAUAUGCCAGGUGAGACUAUAUGAUUGGUCAUCACCGACCACGACCAAGUCUACCAACGUCUUUAAAUCCAUCAGCACGAGCUGAAGUCCACGGACGUAAUCGUUCAAUCCACGUAAAUGUCCACAACAAAACAAGUAAUACCCCGACGACGGCAACCUCGAUCGUGGGAAUGCGGCACCACCGUCGUUACGAUGUACGACCAACCUCAACAACAAACGCAUCCGCAAGAAGACUGCGUGCCCAAAGUGUUCAUGUUCUCUAUGCACACGUGCCAUUUAAUUUUGACCCGUAAAUGUCACUUGUCACGUGUCUAAUUGAGACCAAGAAAAUGAUUAUGAGAGAUGAUUUUUAUUUAUUUAAUAUAAACAAAGACAAAGACAAAGACAAAGAUGAAGAUGGAGAUAAAAAAUUAGAUGAUGACCAAAAUAAUUUUAUUUUAAUUUAUAAUAAUAAUUCACUGUAAAAAUUUGGGAGUGAACGAGAAUUAAAUCCGGAGUAAAUGUGAGCGGAAUGUUUAUUUAUUUUAUUUUCUUGGAGUAAAAUUUACUCCGAAGAGGAGUUUAUUUUAUUUUUAAAAUUCCGAAUCGAAAUCCGGAUUUGAUUGAAACCUAAAUCACUCCGUUGAGAAAAAACUUCAUAUUUACUCCGUAUGCGGAGUAAUUUUUAGUAAAAACUCCGAAACUUCAAAAGACGGAAUGAAUUCGGAUUCAAAUAAAAUCCAGAUCCGAAAUCACUCCGUUGAGAGGAAACUUGAUAUUUACUCCGUAGGUGGAGUAAUUUUUUGUAAAAACCUCUGAAAUUUCAAAAGACGGAGUGAAGUCGGAUUGAAAUAAAACUCAGAUCACUCCGAAAUUACUCCGUUAAAAAAAAAUUUUUCUUUUUACUCCAUAUGCGGAGUAGUUUUUUGUAAAAACUCCGAAUGAUAGAGUGAAUUCGGAUUCAAAUAAAAUCCAGAUCACUCCGUUGAAAAAAAACUUCAUAUUUACUCCGUAUGCGGAGUAAUUUUUUGUAAAAAUUCCGAGCGAAGAAGUGAAUUUGGAUUUAAAUAAAAUCCAGAUCACUCCGAAUUAACUCCUGAUUUUUUACAGUGUACUAAUAAAUAAGUGUUAAUUAUGGAGAGAUUUUAGUCGGAUUACGUCGGUUUGUACGUAACGAAUACAUUCCAACGUUAAAACGGAUCUCAAUCCUCAUUCCAAAUUAAAGUAUGUCCUAAGCUGCCUGAUGGAAGACUUAUUUAUUAAUAAAUAUAUAUAAAGAUAAAUAAUAAUAAUUAAAAAUGAUUAAUUAGAUCUAGAAUGAUAGUAUUUAUUGAUGAGCAAAAGAUAGCGGAAGAAUGACUAAAGUGAUGAGUGCGGAGCUUGGUCGUAUGAUGAAUUGCCAAUGGCAUUUUCAAAUAUAUAAAUAUAUAUUUAUAUAUAUGUAGAUAUGUAGAAAUAUAUAUGUAAUAUUAUUAUUAAUUGAGACGUAACUCACGCCAGUUUGACGUGCGCAUUGACGGCAAUGUCACCGCACGUAGGUACUAUAUAUAUUUUUCAUUGUGAUUUGUAUGAUAAGAAUUAUUAAUACGGGACAAACAUUAGAUUAUUAUUAUAUUUUAUUUGCCCGUGUCAUUUGUAAGAUAACAAUUCUUUUUUUGUUUUUAUACUCUAUUAAUAAAUGUUAAGAUAUUUAAAUUUAUA